AUGGAGUCGAUGCCCGGCCCGCUUCGAGACGCUGGACGAGACGCCAGCUCUUCCCCCAGUUCAAAGCAGGACGCAGCGAGCUUCUCGGGCCCGAGCCCCCUCAAACCCAACCAAGUGAGUGAGACCGCCCUGUACGGGGUGCCCAUCGUAUGUCUGGUCAUAGACGGCAAGGAGAGACUCUGCCUGGCGCAGAUUUCUAACACGCUGCUGAAAAACUACAGCUACAACGAGAUACACAACCGCAGGGUGGCUUUGGGCAUCACCUGUGUGCAGUGCACCCCCGUGCAGCUGGAGCUCCUGCGGCGCGCAGGGGCCAUGCCCAUCUCCUCCAGGCGCUGCGGCAUGAUCACCAAACGGGAGGCCGAGAGGCUCUGCAAGUCCUUCCUGGGAGCGCACAGCCCCCCGAAGCUACCAGAGAAUUUCGCCUUUGACGUGACUCACGAUUGCGCCUGGGGCUCCAGGGGCAGCUUCAUCCCCGCCCGAUACAACAGCUCCAGAGCAAAGUGCAUCAAGUGCAGCUUUUGCAACAUGUAUUUUUCCCCCAACAAAUUCAUUUUCCACUCUCACCGCACCUCAGAGUCCAAGUACCUGCAGCCGGACGCGGCCAACUUCAACUCGUGGAGACGCCACCUGAAACUGACGGACAAAAAACAAUCCGACGACAUUCACCACGCGUGGGAGGAUGUAAAGGCCAUGUUUAACGGGGGGAGUAGAAAGAGGACUCUGCCCAUGAGCGGCUCGGGGAUGUCCUCGUCGAUGAAAUCGCAGGCCUCGUCCAGCCUGGCCCAAAGCAGUUCCCAUCAGGAAAUCCCUCACAAAACUUUACGGUGCGACGAGGACCGGAGAAAUAAUAACCUGAGUUUGGCGAGCGGCGCACGGACCUACCCAGUCAUCCCAGUGCCCAGCAAGAGCUUUGGCCUGCUUCAGAAAAUCCCCCCACCUCUGUUCCCCCAUCACCCCUACGGCUUCCCCAGCUAUGGGCUGUGUCCGAAAAAGAGCGACAGCGUGCCGGAUGCGAACAAACCCAACGUGUCGGGUGUGUUCUGGCCCGGCGCAAAGGACGGCCUCUACCCGGCGUUCCCUAUGUUCUGGCCUACAGCUGGUGGCCUACCCAUGCCGCCCUUCUCGGGGUCUCCACCCAAACCACUUCCAGAGAUGCCAGGCGUCCGGCAGGGAGACCUCGACUUAUCGGACCAGAGCGACCGCGGCGCAAACACACCCAAAGACGGCAACCACCACCCGCACCAUCAGCAGGACGGCGCAGAGCGCUGCUCCAGCUCCCAGUCCUCCUCCGCCAGAAACGACGAGGACAAGUCCGGGGACGAGACCCCCCAGAGGAAAAUCAGCUACAUUUCGGCCUUCAGACCCGUGGUGAAAGACGCGGAGACCAUCGCCAAACUCUACGGCAACCGGGACGGCUACGGCGUGCGCUCUGGCUACCUGUCCCCGGAUUUUAUCAGCGAGAGCUCCAGUUACAGAUCGAUAUCACCGGACAGAGACAGCGUGGUGGACGACGACGACGACGACCCGGACGUAGAUGUGGAGUCCAAUCGGGGACAAGACGAGGAGGAUCUGAUCCAGAUCUCGCCCGGAGGGGGCCACCUGGACUCCCCUGUGCCGGACCGGGUCUCCUCGGGUGCUGAGGAGAGCCAGGAGCCGCCUGAUGCCUCCAGCCCCGCGGCAUCACCGGAGGACUCGGUGCACACCGGGUCAUCAGAUGAGGACAGACGGAUGCGUAAUGGCUCUCCUCUUCAUGAGGUGUACUCUCAUGAAAAGGACGGCCACGUGCUCCUCGACGAGCCUUCGUCGCGUGGUUCCAAACACUCGAGCAGCCCCCGCAGAUCCAACGGUGUUCAUCACGUGUCUGAAAUACAGAACCAACGCAACGCAACAACCUACCAGGAGCAAAAGGACAGACAAGCCGAUGGAGCUUUACGCAUCGACAUCAGCGUGCAUGAAAGAGACCUGGAGACCGUGGCUAAAGAGGAAUUGCAGAAGCAGCUCGUGGAGCAAGUGGAGUUGAGGAAAAAGUUGGAGAGAGAAUUUCAGCAUCUAAAAGAUAAUUUUCAGGAUCAAAUGAAGCGUGAGCUGUCCUACAGAGAGGAAAUGGUCCAGCAGCUACAGAUUGUUCGAGACACUUUGUGCAGCGAGUUGGACCGAGAGAGAAAGGCUCGUUAUGCAAUACAGCAGAAGCUAAAAGAAGCUCACGACGCCCUUCACCAUUUCUCCUGCAAGAUGCUCACUCCUCGUCAGUGUACCGGAGCCUGCACCUUCAAACCGCCGCUGCUGCCUCCCUAG